AUGUCUUCCAGAUACGACAACGGACUAGAGACCGUCGAUACCAACGAUGAACAUCUCGCCAACAAUAAGACAGCUCCAGCUCAUCUUGAAGAGGUCGUCCUCGCCCGGCUAACCGAGGACGAUGUUUACGCUCUCUCCCAGGACUCACUUCACUUCAAGUCCUGGACAAGCUUUCGAAUCUUUCUCUUGAUGUUGGUGAUGGGCUGCAACCAAGCAGGAUACGGUAUCGACUGGACGGUGAUCGGUGUCUGCGGAGCACCCUUUCUAGCCCUGUCGGAUGUUAUCGGCCGUCGAGGGAUCAACUUCCUCGGAAACUUCAUCGUUAUCCUGGCAGCCCUCCUCCAGGGACUGUCUACCAAUCUGGCCAUGUUCAUGGCUGGCCGCUUCUUCCUCGGCUUCGGCUCUGCCCUCAUGUCUGCCCCCCAGUACAUGGGAGAAGUUGCCCCAGCUCAUCUCCGUGGUCGGCUAGUUGGUCUAUUUGGAGCUUGCUUCCAGGUUGGAAGUUUGGGUAUGAGUGCUGCACUGCUUGGAUUCAACAAGAUGCGCGGAGAUUGGGGAUGGAGGGUUCCGCUACUCCUCGAAGCUCUUUUUCCAACCAUCGUCUGCGCCACCAUAUACUUCCUUGCGCCGGAAUCCCCCCGAUACCUGAUCAUGAGAGGUAAGAAGGAAGAUGCCAAGAAGAUGAUUGCGCGGUACCAUACGACCGAAGGCAACAAUGUCAAUCAUCCUCUUGUCAGUGUUGUUGUUCGGCAAAUCGAGGAAUCCUUGGCGGCCACACCAAAGAACAGAGAGGUUUGGGAUUUUAGAGCCUUCUUCAAGAGAGGCGCUCGAUACCGCGUCCUCGUCCUCGUCAUGUACUCGAUCUUCCAACAGUGGAAUGGCGGCGGGAUCAUAGGCCAAUACCUGGUGCCUGCCCUGCAGACAACCGGUAUCGAUAACUCCCAGCAGCAACUGGGCUUCAAUUUCGGCUCGGUCGCCGUCUACUUCGUCUUUACCGUCUUCGGCUCCUUCAUAAUUGACAGAUUCAAUCGACGGACCUUGAUCUUCGCGGGCCUGAUGGUUUUCAUUACCCUGCAAACGGCCGCGACGAUAACCUCGUGGCAGUACAAUCUCCACGGAUCCAAGACCCAAGCAGCACUCACCGUCGUGUGGAUCUUCAUCUUUCAAGCAUGCUCGGCGACCCUCAUUGCCACGAUGCACAAUUUGUACCCCGUGGAGCUCCUUUCCCUUGCCCUCCGAGCCAAGGGUAUGGCCCUCUACGGUCUCAUUCAGGGGGCGGCCGGAACGGUCAACAACUACGGCAUCUCGGUCGGGAUCAACAAGAUAGGGUACAAAAUAUGGGUGGUGUAUGUUGGAUACAAUUUGGUCCAGUUGGUUCUCGCGUAUUUCAUCUUUCCCGAGACACAUGGAUUGACGCUGGAAGAGAUGGAUGCCGUGUUUGAGACGCCGGGAGUCAGACCCGUAAAGAUGUCGAUGGAUAUACAGAAAGCGAAAAAAGAGAAGGCGAGACAAGAAGCUCAACGUAUCGAUAUGGUGAGAUUUAAAAAUCGUGUCAAAGAACCUGGACAGUCGGGGGUCGCGCGAUAA